AUGUCGGCCAUCGAGCUGAUCAACCCAAGAGCCGAGUCCGUCCGUCGGACGCAGGCGCUGCAGGUCAACACUGCCGGUGCCAUCGGUCUCGCCCAAGUCGUGCGCUCCAAUCUCGGCCCUCGCGGUACCAUCAAGAUGCUCGUCGACGGCUCGGGCAAUCUCAAGAUGACCAAGGACGGCAAGGUGCUUCUCACCGAGAUGCAGAUUCAGAACCCCACCGCCGCCAUGAUCGCGCGAACCGCCGUUGCCCAGGACGAGCAGUGCGGCGAUGGCACCACCUCUGUCGUGUUGCUGGUCGGUGAGUUGCUCAAGCAGGCCGAGCGCUACAUUCAGGAAGGCGUCCACCCGCGUGUCAUCAGCGAAGGCUUCGAUGUUGCCAAGACCGGAGCGCUAAAGUUCCUCGAAGAGUUUAAAAAGUCUCCCGAAAUGGACCGUGCUACCCUGGUGAAAGUGGCCACCACCUCGCUCUCCACCAAGCUGCACGCCAAGCUCGCGACGCAGCUCGCCGCCGACAUUGUCGAUGCGGUGCUCGCCAUCAAGCCCGCCACCACCUCCACCGUCGAGGUGCCCGCCCCUACCGCCGACGGCAGCAGCGAGAGCGUCAGCGAGUGGAACAUCAAAGACCCCAUCGACCUGCACAUGGUCGAAAUCAUGAAGAUGCAGCAUAAGACCGAGACCGACACCCAACUCGUGCGCGGGCUCGUGCUCGAUCACGGCGCUCGACACGCCGACAUGCCCAAGCGCGUCGAAAACGCCUACGUGCUCACCCUCAACGUCUCGCUCGAGUACGAAAAGACCGAGGUCAACUCCGGGUUUUUCUACUCUUCGGCGGAACAGCGCGAGAAGCUCGUCGAGUCCGAACGUCGGUUUGUCGAUGCCAAGCUGAAGAAGAUUGUCGAGUUGAAGCAGGCGGUGUGCGAUGCGCCGACCGAGGGGAGCAACGAGAAGAAGAAAAACUUUGUCAUUUUCAACCAGAAGGGCAUUGAUCCUAUGUCGUUGGACAUUUUGGCCAAGAACGGGAUUCUGGCGCUGCGACGCGCCAAGAGGCGCAACAUGGAGCGCCUGCAGCUGUGCUGCGGUGGUGUGGCGCAGAAUUCGGUCGACGACCUCAGCCCGAACGUGCUGGGUUACGCCGGGUUGGUGUACGAACACACGCUCGGCGAGGAGAAGUACACCUUUGUCGAGGAGUGCAAGGAUCCCAAGUCGGUUACGAUUCUCAUUAAGGGUCCGAAUGCGCAUACCAUGUCGCAGAUCCAGGAUGCGGUGCGCGACGGCCUGCGUUCGGUCAAGAACGCCAUCGAGGACACAACGCUCAUCGCCGGCGGUGGCGCCUUCGAAAUUUCGGCUGCACACCAUCUUACGACCGAGAUCAAAAAGUCUGCGAAGGGCCGGGCCAAGUUGGGUGUCCAAGCGUUUGCAGAUGCGCUGUUGGUGAUCCCAAAGACGCUCGCGUCCAACUCUGGGUUUGAUGUGCAGGACUGCCUGGUGGCGCUGCAGGACGAGGCGAGCGAGGGCAACGUGGUGGGACUGGACGUGCAGACGGGCGAACCGAUGGACGCGAUCAGCCAGGGCGUCUGGGACAACUACCGCGUCAAGAGGCAUAUGCUCCACAGCUCGGCCGUUAUUGCGAGCAACCUGUUGAGCGUCGAUGAGAUUCUUAGGGCGGGAAGGAGCAGUUUGAAGAACGAGGGGCCCAUGGGUUAG